GCGUGGGGGUCCCUGCAGAGCUGGCCUGAGCACUUGGGUGUUUGAGCAGUACAGGUGUGUGACCUCCAAAUGCUGCCAAGUAUGAUGAUGAAAUUAGAAGAGCUGGUGACUGGGAAGAAAGCAGAUGAUAAAGAGACUGGUAGCUUCCUCCCUGAGGACUUCAAAAAUGGAGAGUAUGAAGCUGCUGUAAGAUUAGAGAAGCAGGAUGACCUGAAGUCAGUGUCUGAACCCUCGCUGACCCAAGGUGGUCUGGCUUAUGAGGAGAAAAAACUAGAAGCAGAGCUGAAGAAGAAGAAAUUAGAGAGGUCAAAACUUGAAAACUUGGAGGAUCUUGAAAAAAUUAUUCAGCUGAAGAAAAGGAAAAAAUGCAAGAAAGUGAAAGCACCUGUUUCAAAGGAACCUGAACCAGAAGUUACAGGACCAGUGGAUAUACCCACAUUCUUUAGAGCUGCAGUGGAGAACAAGUUGCCAGUAAUUGAAAAGUACUUGUCAGACAAAGGGGAUCCAAAUGUCUGUGAUGAGUACAAACGCACUGCAUUGCACAGGGCAUGCUCUGAAGGACAUCUAGAGGUGGUGAAAAUGUUGGUGGAAGCUGGAGCCCGGCUUGAGCAGAAAGACAUGCUUGAGUCUACAGCCCUGCACUGGGCGUGCCGGGGGGGGAACCUGGAUAUUCUGAAAUUCUUACUGGACAAAGGGAUAAACAGAAAUGCAAGAGACAAGCUGCUCAGCACCCCUUUACAUGUGGCUGUCAGAACGGGUCAGUAUGACUGUGGGGAGCACCUCAUUGCCUGUGAAGCAGAUCUCAAUGCCAGAGACAGAGAAGGAGACACACCAAUGCAUGAUGCUGUGAGGCUGAACCGCUACAAAAUGAUCAGGCUUCUGAUUCUGCAUGGAGCAGAUCUGACUAUAAAGAACUGCCAAGGGAAAACCCCCAUGGAUCUUGUUCUUCAGUGGCAGAAUGGCACCAAAGAGAUAUUCAACAGCCUGAAAGACAAGUCCAAUAAGAGCGUCCAACCAGCCAAAUUCUGAAGAGAGAAUCAAAACAGAUCUUGUUUUGCUGCUUUUAAAUGCUACGUAUGAACCUGAAGGAAAACAGCUCUGAACACAGUAUUUUAAUUGAAAAUAUUUAUGGUACUGAAUUCUUUGAGGUACUUUCACUGACAACUGCAAAACAAACAUGUAAAGAAAUUGUUUUCAAUGGCAGGUUGAGUGUUAAAAUUCCAGUUUUUUCAAAUGGCUUUAUUUAUUACUAUUUAUUACUUAUUUAUUUAAAACUAAAUUUAAUGAUUCCCAAUAUUAUUGUAGCUUUUAAAAAUACAUCUUUACACCCUAAUGCAAUCUUUGCCAGCAACAUAAUUUUUUUUGUCUUAGAUGGCAGUAUUUCCAACUACACUAGCAACUUCCCUCAAGCUCUAAAUAGCAAAUGCUUGCAGCUGUUGCCUCUGCCAAAUUCUCAGUGUUAGAAUAUUAUGUUAGAUGAGUGGUGAUAUGUGGAAGAACAAUGCAAGAAGGCGUACUGAGAUAUCAAGUGGAUUUAAAGAAGUAGUUGAGUUUACACAAGAUUUAGCAACUAUGGUCAAUAAAGAGCUCAAGGACAGAGCUGCAGCCACCAU